AUGAAAAGUUCAACAACAACGAAUAAGGCACCAAUAUCUUCCACAGCAUCAAAUAGUAUUACCAAGCAAUCAACAACUUCUUCCUCAAAGGUUUCAUCCGUGGCACACCCCUUAAAGAAAAAUUCAUCAACUUCAUCAACAAUAGCAACAAAACCAUCAUCCACAACAACAACAUCAGUAAAGAAGCCAAUAUCAUCAACAAAGUAUUCCGGAGUUAUAUCAACAAGUAGUACAACCUCUCAAAAGACGAGAAAUAUAUCACCAACAAAAAGAACGACAUCAACAAGUUCUGUUUCAAGCAAAUUGGGAGCUAAAAAACCAACAGUGGCUGGUAAAACAACAACUGAAAAACAACCAUCCACUACAGCUAAAAUACCACAAUUUGAAUUAACUGCAGAUUGGUUACAUUCCCUAUUGAUGGAUAUUAAUUUGGAUCACUCUAUUCCAUUUACAAAUAUUAAACAUCCCAAUCAUCAAUUUCUUAAAAGCAAAGAUGAAACAUUUAUAAAGGACAUGGAUGACUGUCUUCCAUAUUCUAUUGAUGAUGGAGAGAGAAAGAUGGCUCCUUGUGACAAGAGUGGAAUUCAAUUAGAUGGCCAUUAUACUACAGGACAUAAUGUUCAUUUUGUGAUGCAAUCGGAAAAGUUUAGCUUCUUCUCCUGGACAUUAAUAAUGAGAGCUUAUGUUGAUGAAAAAUCAUCUUGUUUGUUUUCAUUUGGGCCGUGGUACAGAUGGUUUGUCCUUAGCCCUACCUACGUUCAACUCAAUCAAGGUGACACCUUUUUAGGUAAACUUAAUGGUAUCAAACUUAACCAAUGGAAUGAAAUUUCAAUCUCCUUCAAUUUCGAUCAGGAAAAACAAUCAUUUGAUAACUGUCAAAUUGAUAAAAUCAUUAAGGGAAAGAAAGAAAUUUUGAUGCUGGUAAAUGGUGUGGAAAACAUAUUUGGACUUCCUUCAGGAGCAACACUUAAAGGGCCUGAAGAUGAAUUUGGAAUGAAACACGAAAAAUGCAUUGGAUUCUUGAACAUGAGUAAUGGUGGUUCUUUGAGAGGAACUGUUUCAUCAAUUAUAUUACUCAACAGACCAUGCUCAACACUUAAUGAGCUAAAGGGAAUAAGUUCAACCCUAACGCAUCUCCACAACAAGCCAAAUGGUCCUCCAAUUCUAAUGGAUCAAAUCCCAAUGCCAAAAACAUUACCAAAAGAUUGCAUUCAAAUUUUGAAAGGAAAUGCUCACUUUCAGUCGAUUAUUGAAAAGAACCAUAUGAUUAUCUUCUUCUUUUUUGAGAGUUUUUCAAUGUAUCAACGACGUCAAUUUGUUUUUCCUUUCAUUAAUCAUUUUGUGGAGUUUUUUACUCGAGUUGGAAGUGACAGCCCAAUCAAGUGUGGGAGGAUUGAUGUUGGCAAUGGAAACUAUGAUCUCAGAAACACUUUUAAAUUCAAAACUGAAGGCUUUAUAUUCUACAAGAAUGGACACAUAUUUGGACGUAUUGAUGUUGAUGAAACAACCAAGCUUGAUGUUUUGAAAAAAAAGUUAGACGAAUUUGAAAAGUUGGUUGGUGUUGAUGAACCUCCAACAAGAGAGAAUGUAGAGAGUGAUAAUAAUGAAUUUGAAACAAAGCUAAUCAAAAAGGAAGAUAACCCUAUUAAGAAGAUUAUUACAUCCACAAAUCCAAUUCCAAUCGCAAACAAGACCUCUGAUAUCAUCCUUGAAAAGCCAUCUGAAUGGCUUGAGAGCGUUUCAGCUGAUAUAAAUAUUAACUAUGAUAUGAGAAUUGCAAAUCCAUCCCAUCCAAAUCAUUCACUCUACACAAAGCAUAAUGUGUUGAGCACUAUUGUCGAACAAUGCAGGUCAAGUAUUGACAAGAAUAGAUAUAAGGAGAAGGCAAUUUGUGAUCAAUGGGGUAUUCAAUUUGAUGGUGAUCAUGAGGGAGGAGAUGUGAUUGUAGAAAUGAAGAGUGCCUACUUUAGCAAAACUGUCUGGAGUCUCUUUAUCAGAGUUUAUGUGGCGUCUAGUUCAAAUGUAAUAUUUGCAUUUGGACCAUCCUAUAGGUAUGUAGCUAUUCAAUAA